GGCGGAGCGCCGCGCCGCAGCCCUGCCGGGGAAGAUGCUGCCGCGGCUGGUCCUGCCCGGCUGACGCCCCGCCGCACCCCCGUCCCCAUUGUCCCCCGGCCGCCUCCGGCUCCAUGAGCGCCUCCUCCUCCUCCCUCCUCCUCUGAGCUUCCCGCCCUCCACCUCAUGGCUGCAUCGGAAGAAGGGACCGGCUGCUUUCUCCCGCGAGCCAGGUCGCAGAGUGACCCCAGCAUCCUGACCGACCCCGCGGGCCCCGGGGAGCGCCCAGAUGAGAUGGAGCAGUCCCCUGCAGUGCGUUCUGACUACUUGGUCUCAGGGAUUCGAACUCCACCAGUGAGGAGGAACAGCAAACUGGCAACACUGGGCAGGAUCUUCAAACCGUGGAAGUGGCGGAAAAAGAAAAAUGAGAAGCUAAAGCAGACAUCUGCAGUGCUGGAGAAGAAGAUGACAGCACGGCAAGGACGGGAUGAACUCAUUAAGAAAGGCCUUCUGGAGAUGAUGGAACAAGAUACUGAAGGCAAAGCCUGCACUGGUGACGAUGCCACGAGGGCGGCGCAGAGCGAGGCUCCAGCAGCCGUGUGCCAGGCUCCCACCGCAGAGGAGGAGCAGCAGGAGACCACAGCAGCAGCCACCACCAAUGUGGCCUCCUUUGGUGAGGAGCUGCACCUGGAUGAGCUGAAAGAAGAUGCAGCCAAGAAACCUUCAGCACCCACGGAAGAACUGGAAGAUGCCAGCCUGCCAGCAUCUGAAGACAGUCCACAAGCCUUACUUGUACCUGAAUCCACAGAUUCCCCCCAGAAGCAGACAGAAAGAAAUCCAGCACAGCUUCCCAGCCCUCCAUUGCUCCCAGCUCCACCACCCAAGGCAAUCUCCAAAAUCAACAAGAGCGUAACAGCAGGAAGUGAAAUGGAUGAUCCAGCCAUGAAAUCUCCUCCUUCCACCAUCCUGAAGAACUAUGUCAUUGUCGGUUCCUCCCAAAUCUCAGGACAAGCUGCCCUCUUCCACCCCUCUGGCCAGAAAAGCUCAGAGCCCCAUGGCAGAGGCCAGGUAACAACGCCCACCGGUUCCCCUCACCUGGCUGCCGUUCAUCUGCCUUUACCUCCCAGCAGAGUCAUUGAAGAACUCCACAGGGCUCUGGCCACCAAACACCGGCAGGACAGCUUCCACGGAAGAGAAAGUAAAGGCUCUCCAAAAAAGAGAGUGGAUGUCCGUCCCUCAAGAACGUCAAGUAUGGAGCGCAACAAGGAGAAGGAGAACUCACUGAAUUAUGGCAGUGACUCAGAAAACAAGAGGAACUCCGUUAAAGAGUCAGAUGAGAACAAAGAAAACAUGAUCAUGAACUCAGAGCUCAAGGAAGAGUCUGUUUUUUAUCAGGAUGAGGAAGUUUUGAACGACUCUGUUAUUUCUGGUACUUUGCCAAGAAAAUGCAAGAAAGAGCUGCUGGCAGUAAAACUACGGAACAGACCAAGUAAGCAGGAGCUGGAAGACAGGAAUAUUUUCCCAAGGAGAACAGAUGAGGAAAGACAGGAAAUCCGGCAGCAAAUUGAAAUGAAACUCUCAAAGCGACUCAGCCAAAGACCCGCUGUUGAGGAGCUAGAAAGAAGGAAUAUACUGAAACAACGAAAUGAUCAAACGGAACAGGAAGAGAGAAGGGAAAUCAAGCAGAGACUGACAAGAAAGCUUAACCAGAGACCUACAGUUGAUGAACUGAGAGACAGAAAGAUCCUGAUUCGAUUCAGUGAUUAUGUGGAAGUGGCAAAAGCACAGGACUAUGACAGGAGAGCAGAUAAACCAUGGACACGACUGUCAGCAGCAGACAAGGCAGCAAUUCGGAAAGAGCUGAAUGAAUACAAGAGUAAUGAAAUGGAGGUUCAUGCAUCGAGCAAACAUUUGACAAGAUUUCACAGACCGUAGAAAUUUUCUUCUGAGAAGAAUCUGUCUUUACUUUUUGAUAUUGCUGCUGAGCACUGAGCAGGGAACACUGAAGUCUUUCCCUGAGGUUCAGUGCAGGCUCCCUGGACGCUGAUGUGACAGAAGGACUCUGCAGUGAAGCCUCUGCAGCGCUUGGGACAGGACGCCAGCCCCGAGCUCUGGAGGCAAAGAGCCUGGCCUGUGGAGUGGGACAAGCUGCUGAAAAAGACUGAAGUGAAGCUACUUGGAAGAGCCUCCUCCUGUCCUUUCCCACCUGUGUGGAACUGGUUUGCAGCCUGCCUUGGAAAAGGAGAUGUUGUGCAUGUACAGGCUUUACCAUUCCAAGGCCUCUGACAUAAACGGACAUGACGCUCUGUCAUCCAGUAUUAUGUUGACAAGACAUUUUGAACUUACCACAAUUAGUUUGUAAAACACCUAAGUUCAUGUUCUAAAAACUAAUUUAAUGUAUUAUAAUUUCAUUCUUUUUUAUAUACUGUCUAACAGAAUCACAGCUGCAAGCAUUUUUGAUUCCUGUUACUUUUGUUCUUUAAUUAAAUGACUACUUAUUGCAGGAAAUGAA